AUGGAGGCGAUGUUCAGCAUGGCUAACCUCAUACCUAAACCUGGUCAGGAUGGGCUGUGUCCUGAGGCCGAUACACCCAGCAAGAUCGUGUGUAAGCUCGGGCCCGCUGGAGAGGUCCUCUUCUGUGCUAAGCAUUGUAUCGGUCGAUACGUCUACUCCCCCAAACCAUGUGUGUCCUGCCUCCUUGACGGCCUUGUGCUAUUGGUCGUGUUUAUUCAGGUCACUACGUUAUGUCCUUGA